CCGCUAGUCUGCAAAACGCCUGAACCAUCAUGUCAUUCUCAAAGUGCUGCAUCCAAGGCUUCUCAUGGCAAGGCACACCCACCGGACGCACCGGCAAACUCUCCAACAAUGAUGUGUACAUCACCGGCGACAACGCAGACGUGGCGAUUCUGUUCAUCGCUGACCUCUUUGGCUGGACAUUCCCCAACGUCCGCCUCCUUGCAGACCACUAUGCCCGCGAAGUUGGCGCAACAGUCUUCGUACCAGACUUCUUCGGCGGGGAGAUCCUAGAUUUCGGUCUUGUUGCCGCCGAGAAAUUCGACCAGAUCGAUCUCCCGGGGUUCAUCACGCGCAAUGGUCGGGAACAGCGUGAGCCGGAGAUCUUCGACUGUGCACGUGCUCUAAAGCAGGAACUGGGUUAUAAGAAAGUUGGUGCGGUAGGAUAUUGUUACGGCGGAUGGGCAUCGUUUCGCCUAGGCGCCAAGGAACACGCAUCUUCGCCGUUGGUCGAUUGUAUCGCCGUCGGCCAUCCGUCCCUGCUCACAAAAAAGGAUAUCGAUGAAGUGGCCGUUCCCGUGCAGGUGCUUGCGCCGGAGAUUGAUCAGGCGUAUGCGCUGGAGCUGAAGUUACAUACUUUUGAGACCCUGCAGCGGCAAGGUGUGACGUUUGAUUAUCAGCAUUUUCCAGGUGUCGUGCAUGCGUGCUUUGUGCGUGGCGAUGAGAAUAAGCCGGGUGAGCGAGCGGCGAUGGAGAGAGGGAAGAAUGCGGUGGUUGGAUGGUUCCAACAGUUGUUGAAAGACGCCUGA